AUGACCGACGCAGGACCAUCUACGAAUCACGCAAGCAGCGCGCCGCAUGAUAUGACCUCUCGCGACUAUUAUGCAGAUUCCUACGCGCAUUUUGGCAUCCACGAGGAGAUGCUUAAAGACUCUGUCAGAACUGGAUCGUAUAGAACUGCGAUCAUCAACAAUCCCCACCUUUUCAAGGGAAAAACAGUGCUGGACGUUGGAUGCGGAACCGGCAUAUUGAGCAUGUUUGCUGCAAAGGCUGGCGCAAAGCACGUUGUCGGUGUUGACAUGUCCAACAUCAUCGAUCAAGCGCAGAACAUCAUUGCGGCCAAUGGAUUCGCUAGCACAAUAACCCUCGUCAAGGGCAAGCUCGAAGACAUCGAACUCCCCAUUCAAGAAUUCGACAUCAUCAUCUCAGAGUGGAUGGGCUACUUCCUCCUCUACGAGUCCAUGCUCGACACCGUCCUCCUCGCGCGCGACAAAUACCUCAAAAAAGACGGACUUAUCUUCCCCGAUAACGCCAGCCUCUACAUCGCCGCGAUCGAGGACCAGGAUUACAAGGAAGAGAAGAUCAAUUUCUGGGACAACGUCUACGGGUUCGAUUAUUCGUGCAUCAAGGAUAUUGCGCUGAGGGAACCUCUGGUGGACACGGUCGAGCUGAAGGCAGUCGUGACAAACCCUUGCAUGGUUAAGCAUAUAGACCUUCGCACCGCCAAAAAAGAGGACCUGACAUUCGAUGUGCCAUUUUCUUUGACCGCUACACGUAAUGAUUAUGCACAUGCCUUCUUAGCAUGGUUCGACAUCCUCUUCGACUGCACCCACAAAAAAGUCAGCUUCUCCACUGGCCCCCACGCUCAAUACACACAUUGGAAACAAACCGUAUUCUACACGCCGACCACCCUCACCCUGAACGAAGGCGAUACCAUAAAAGGCACGCUCAAAUGCGCGCCGAACGCGCGCAACAACCGCGAUCUCGACAUCACCAUCGACUACUCGACGCCCACGACCUCCGAGACGAUCGCCUAUAAAAUGUCUUGA